ACAACAGUCUAUCUACCCUUGUUUCCCUGGAGAAGUACGAUGUUUGUGCAAAGCAGCUGAACAAGGAAGUUGAAGUAAUGCUUAGCCAUAGGAUUUAUUUGUUGAUUGGCAGGCAGGCAGGCACUUGGGUGAGUCUCGUGGUGAAAGUAAAAUACUUUUGAAACAUUUACAAAUAUCGUAGCAUUGAAAUAUAUCGAAGAAAACAGAUAAGAAAAAACAAUUGAGGCGCUAUCAUUUUAGUCUCGUAAGAUAGUUAAACGCAUUUCGUUAAUUAAUAUCUAUUCAUAUUAAAUUUACAUUUUAUACUGAAUAACAAAUAUUUUUACGAAGGCAAUAUAGAACAUUUUUGUGCACCGUUUUGUUACCUGUAUGAAUUUGUUUGAUUUAUUUAUAAGGAAAGCGAAAUCAGGAAAUUUAGCACCACCUGUUGGUCAGAAAGAAAAAAUAUUCUUGCAUACUUUUGGGCUGACUAUGAUUAUUCAAAAAUUGUUCCGAAAAGGUAAUGGUUUUUUAUUUCGAUCUAAUACUACAACAAAUGAGCCAUAACAGUACAUUAUAAAUUUAAAAUAUGAUAAGCCAAACUUUGCAUUAAGGCUUAUAUUUUGGGCGACAUAUUUGAGCAGUCUGCGAACAAUCGGAAAUAUUUAAUAAAAAUGUUCCCUGUCCUAAUUACAUCGCUAAGACGGUCGACAGAUAUUUGAAAUAGCUUUUUCGUAAAUUGAUUUUUUUUUGAGUAAGGCGAUUAUUAUUACAUUUGCAAGUUGUCCUUAAAUAAGGGAGUUAAUAAAAAACAUAAAAAUUCGCCGAAUUUUGUUGAGGAAUGACUCCACGAAAUUAUGGAAGGAGCCCAUAUCCCGACAGCAAGUAAAAAACGGUCUGAAAACCUGUCGAUUGCCCGAUAAACUUGUUGGGGCAUCUCAACGCCAAUUAGGCGGUCUACAAAGUGACUGGGCUGGAGGUCCCCGCGAUGACCUUGUUAAGAUCCAGAUGCAGAAACAGGGCACUGUGGCACUGGGUCGACGGCAAGGAAGCUGCCUAUAAAAGCCGAUUUGCGGACCGUAGUAAACUUGUGUAAAAUCAACUACCGACAGGAGCAAACCUAAUUCUUCAACCUAAAAAUACGUUCAGCAUGUUGACUAAGACUGCGAUAUUUGUUACCGUCAUCGGCCUGGUUCAAGCUGGUCUACUGCACGCGAAAUCUUCCGGAAGUGAGGACACCUAUGAUUCGCAUCCGCACUACUCAUUUAACUAUGAUGUUCAGGAUCCAGAGACAGGAGAUGUCAAGUCCCAAUCGGAGUCUCGGGAUGGCGAUGUGGUCCGCGGUCAGUACAGCGUGAAUGAUGCCGAUGGUUACAGACGAACCGUGGACUACACCGCCGAUGAUGUCCGUGGAUUCAACGCCGUGGUGCGUCGUGAACCACUUUCCAGUGCCGCGGUGGUUGUGAAGUCACAGGCUACAGCAGUCGCUCCAAAAGUUCAGUUAAGGCCUCUGAAGAAGUUGCCAGCCCUGAAGCCGCUUUCCCAGGCAUCGGCUGUGGUGCAUCGAUCCUUUGCACCAGUCGUCCACCAUGCCCCAGUGACCCAUGUCGUGCAUCACUCAGCGCCGGCGCAUUCCUUCGUCUCUCACCACGUUCCCGUGCUGAAGACCACCGUGCACCAUGCCCAUCAUCCCCAUGCCAUUUCAUAUGUGUUUUAGAACCCGAAUAAAACUCUUUAAAAUAAC